AUCAAAAAUCGCCAACAACUUCCAGGAAGUGUUUAUCACUGACCGCUGCCAACAUGGAUUUAAUGAGCCAUCCAACCGUGAACAGCAUCUGACUGACUGACUCUCCCAGCUGUGUUUUUAUAAACUAACGUGUUUUGUAUCGUGAUCUUCUCUGGAGCUCAUGACCGCUGACGCUGUCGAGUGAGCGCUGAAGCUAAGCUAAGCUAACUGUAUACAGUGUUGUGUUUGUGAUGUGAGCUGGUCGAUAGUCUUUUAUUGACGAUGUACACUUUAUUAUCGGGUCUCUACAAAUAUAUGUUUCAAAAGGACGAGUAUUGCGUCCUGAUCCUCGGUCUGGACAAUGCAGGAAAAACGACGUUUCUGGAACAAACAAAAACAAAAUUCAGCAAAAACUACAAGGGCAUGAACCUUUCGAAGAUCACGACUACAGUCGGCCUCAACAUCGGCACCAUUGAUGUGGGAAAAGCUCGUCUGAUGUUUUGGGAUCUUGGAGGACAAGAAGAGCUGCAGUCUUUGUGGGAUAAGUACUAUGCAGAAUCUCAUGGUGUCAUCUAUGUCAUCGACUCCACCGAUGAGGAGCGACUGGGAGAAUCGAAGAACGCUUUCGAGAAGAUGAUCAGCAGUGAGGUUUUGGAAGGAGUUCCUCUUCUUGUGCUGGCGAACAAACAGGAUGUGGAGAAUUGUCUGUCUGUGCCCGACAUCAAGACGGCUUUCAGCGACUGUGCUCCCAAAAUCGGUAAAAGAGACUGUCUGGUGCAGCCCUGCAGUGCUUUAUCAGGGCAGGGUGUGAAUGACGGCAUUGAAUGGAUGGUCAAAUGCGUGAUCCGAAACAUUCACCGUCCUCCCAGACAGAAGGACAUCACAUAGAGCGCUGUGUGUGUGUGUGUGCGUGUGUGUGUGUGUGUGUGUGUGUGUGUUUGAGAGUUUAGAGAGUGCAUGCAGUUAUCAUGCCACAUGUAAGUUAUGAUAUUUUUGGGUGAUACUCCGAGUUUGAUAUCUAUGUUGUGAUGCUGUAGAUAUUUCUAUUCUAAACUGACACUAGUUUUGUUUUCUGAAGAGUUUUUAGGUUGUCUUCUAAAACCUUCUUUAAAACCAUGCCUUCAGAUUAAAUCGGUCAUUUAUAAA